CUUCCUCCCGCGCUCUUUUCUCAUGUCGAAUAAUUCUGCCGCCGAUGAAACCGCCGAGAUUCUGUUUCAACGAUUCACCGGAAACUGCCCAAGAAGUUCUUCGUUCAUCACUACUGAAAGCUCUGUCAUCUGCCAAAAACACCUCACAGCUACGGAAUAUCCAUUCCUUGAUCAUCAUUUCAGGACUGAGCCUCUCCGUCGUCUUUUCCGGCAAACUUAUAAGCAAGUACGCCCAGCUUAAAGACCCAAUUUCUUCUGUUUCGGUUUUUCGCACUGUUUCUCCAACUUCCAAUGUCUAUCAAUGGAAUUCGAUUAUACGUGCUUCCACCCACAAUGGUCUCUUCACGCAAGCACUUGGAUAUUACACUGAGAUGCGUGAAAAAAAGCUUCAGCCUGAUGCUUAUACUUUUCCUUCUGUUAUCAAUUCAUGUGCUCGACUUUUGGACCUGAAUAUGGGUCACGUUGUUCAUGAACAUGUUAUGGAAAUGGGGUUUGGAUCGGAUUUGUAUAUUGGCAACGCAUUGAUCGAUAUGUAUUCUAGAUUUGGGGAUCUUGAUAAAGCACGAUAUGUGUUUGAGGAAAUGUCUGACCGAGACAGUGUAUCGUGGAAUAGUUUAAUUUCUGGAUAUUGUUCGAAUGGGUUUUGGGAGGAGGCUCUGGAAAUGUAUCACAAGUCCAGAAUGAUUGGGAUGGUACCCGAUCGUUUCACCACCAGCGUUUUACUUGCUUGUGGAAGCUUAAUGGCUGUUAAAGAAGGGUUGAAUGUUCAUGGGGCGAUUGAAAAGAUUGGAAUUGGUCGAGAUGUUAUUAUAGGUAAUGGACUUCUUUCCAUGUACUUCAAGUUUGAGAGACCAAGAGAAGCAGGUCAGGUUUUUGGCGAGAUGGAUGUGAAAGACUCGGUUUCUUGGAAUACCAUGAUUUGUGGAUACUCCCAACUUGGGCAGUAUGAAGAAUCUGUGAAGUUAUUCAUGGAGAUGAUAGAUAAAUUCACUCCAGAUCUAUUGUCGGUUACAUCAACCAUUCGUGCCUGUGGGCACUUGGCAGAUCUGCAGGUUGGAAAAUAUGUUCAUAAUUACUUAAUCGGGAGCGGGUAUGAAUGUGAUACUGUAGCAUGUAAUAUCCUUAUAGAUAUGUAUGCUAAAUGUGGGGAUCUUUUGGCUGCACAGCAAGUCUUUGACGCAAUGAAAUGCAAGGAUUCUGUGACAUGGAACUCGUUAAUUAACGGUUACACUCAACAUGGCUAUUACAAGGAGGGGGUGGAGACUUUUAAGAUGAUGAAAAGGGAAAACGAACUGGAUUCUGUGACUUUUGUUCUGCUCCUAUCUAUGUUUUCUCAGUUAGCUAAUAUAGAUCAGGGGAGAGGAAUACAUUGUGAUAUGAUAAAACUUGGGUUCGAAGCUGAACUUGUCAUUGGUAAUGCACUUCUAGAUAUGUAUGCUAAAUGUGGUGGAAUGGACGAUUUAUUGAGGGUGUUUGCAUACAUGAGAGCUCAUGACAUUAUAUCAUGGAAUACCCUUAUUGCUUCAAGUGUUCAUUUUGAUGAUUGCAGCAUAGGAUUUCAGGCAAUUAUCCGAAUGAGAACGGAAGGGUUGAUUCCAGAUGAGGCCACCAUAUUAGGAAUCUUGCCCAUGUGUUCCUUGCUUGCUGCACGGCGACAAGGGAAAGAGAUCCAUGGCUGCAUUUUCAAGUUAGGAUUUGAAUCAGAUGUCCCAACUGGAAAUGCCCUAAUUGAAAUGUACUCCAAAUGUGGUAGUCUAGAAAAUUGUACUAAAGUAUUUAACUAUAUGAAAGAAAAAGAUGUGGUGACAUGGACUGCUUUGAUCUCUGCAUUUGGAAUGUAUGGUGAAGGAAAGAAAGCAUUAAAGGCUUUUCAGGAUAUGGAGUCUAGUGGAGUUUUUCCUGAUUCUGUUGCCUUCAUUGCUCUCAUUUUUGCUUGUAGUCAUUCUGGAAUGGUCAAAGAGGGGCUCACAUACUUUGAUCGAAUGAAAACCGACUACAAUAUUGAGCCUAUGAUGGAACAUUAUGCUUGUGUUGUUGAUCUUUUGGCUCGAUCUGGCUUAUUAGCUCAAGCAGAGGAGUUUAUUCUGUCAAUGCCAAUAAAACCAGAUGCAAGUUUAUGGGGAGCUUUACUUAGUGCCUGUCGAGCAACUGGGCACACGAACAUCGCCCAACGAGUCUCAAAGCAAAUUCUUCAGUUGAACUCAGACGAUACUGGGUAUUAUGUGCUCGUAUCAAAUAUAUAUGCCACAUUAGGGAAGUGGGAUCAAGUGAGAAUGGUAAGAAAUUCCAUGAAAACUAAAGGGCUCAAAAAGGAACCUGGAAGUAGCUGGAUUGAGAUUCAGAAAAGGUUUUAUGUAUUUAGGACAGGUGAUAAAUCAUUUGAACAGUAUGACAAGGUCAAAGAUUUACUCGAAUACCUUGCAGGGUUAAUGGCCAAGGAAGGCUAUGUUGCAGACCUGCAAUUUUCUCUGCACGAUGUUGAGGAAGAUGAUAAGAGAGACAUCCUAUGUGGGCACAGCGAAAGGCUCGCGAUAGCCUUCGGAUUGUUGAAUACAAAACCGGGGACCCCUUUGUUGGUAAUGAAAAACCUUCGAGUAUGUGGAGAUUGUCAUACUGUAACCAAAUACAUAACUAAGGUAAUGCAAAGAGAAAUACUGGUGAGAGAUGCCAAUCGGUUUCAUCUAUUCAAGGAUGGAACCUGUAGUUGUGGAGAUCACUGGUGAAUGAUUGAUAUACUUCGUUAUGAUUUCUAAUACCCGAGCAUAAAAUCUUCGCAUUGGACUGCAAAUGAACUUUUCGUCCUUGUUCGAGUUCGGAGCAAAUCUGAGAAGGUCAAGUCCUGCCAAGUUAUACCUGUUGAUCGCUGUCAACGUUCCUAAUUGCAAGUCAAUGCUACCUUUUCUUCCGGACAAAGAUAACUGGGAUUGGAAGAAUUUAAAUCAAGAUGGGUCUUUUAAAGUAAUCGAUCUUUACUGAUUCAACUGUUUUGAUGAGAUGAUUCAACCUGAUACUGCCAAAAAUAGGUAGGAUUGGGAUUAUGAGAAUGCAGAUAGUGCGUGUGCUACUUCAUGGCAGAUUUUGACUGCUGACGACCUCUCAUGUUGGCCUAUGAAUCAAAUUCUAAAUAUAUUUCUUAAGGUUAGUCUUUCUUAUAAUGCUUCUAAUUGCUCUUUUUAGCUAUCUAACUGUUCUUAAAAACUUAAAGUCCUUAAAAAUGUGAAAGUGAAAAGGAAAUGCGAUAACAAACAUUUCCAUCAUCACGUGUUCCAUUCGUGGAAGAAGAGAUGAAUAAAGGAAACAAAAGAUUUCCAUAA